AUGUCUCUCAACUCGUCGGUCGUUCUACCGACUGCAUCCGUCUCUGCGACGGCAAUUAGCCAGGCAUCUGUUUUGUCUAACAUUCUGGUCAUCGCAAGAGACUCUGCCAGUGCGAGCGUGGCCUCGUCCGGUCUCAAUGGCUACGGUAUCCCAUUUACUACUCUGGUUGUCCCACAAGCCGGUGUGGCUCUUCCAGCACUGAACAGCUCCUCGGGAGGAAACUUCGGUGGUAUUGUUGUUGCGUCGGAAGUCAGCUACGAUUAUGGUGGCACAACCGGUUUCCAGAGUGCUCUCACUACAGAUCAGUGGAACCAGCUGUAUGCGUACCAGCUCGAGUACGGUGUGCGCAUGGUGCAAUAUGAUGUCUACCCGGGUCCCAGCUAUGGCGCCAGCGCCGUCGGUGAUGGAUGCUGUGCUACCGGUGUCGAACAGCUCAUUUCUUUCUCGGAUAUCAGUGACUUUUCUACCUCUGGCUUGAAGACCGGUGCUGGAGUCAGUACGGAAGGUCUCUGGCACUACCCGGCUACAAUCACCAACACGACCACUACCAAAGAGAUUGCCCAGUUUGCAGGAACCUCGGGCUCGAACACUGCUGCCGUCAUCAACAACUUUGAUGGCAGGCAGCAAAUGGCGUUCUUCAUUGGCUUUGACACGACCUGGAGUGCUACCUCCAACUAUCUGCAGCAUGCUUGGAUCACAUGGUUGACUCGUGGUCUCUACGCCGGAUACCGUCGCGUGAACCUGAACACCCAGAUUGACGACAUGCUGCUCGAAACCGACAUCUACAAGCCCAAUGGAACUGCUUUCCGCAUCACCACGGAUGAUAUGAAUGGCAUUCUCAACUGGCUUCCGACAAUCAGGGCUAAGAUGAACUCUGGCAGUAGCUACUUUGUUGAGGUUGGUUACAACGGAAACGGCAACAUGGAAAAAUCCAGCUCCACUGACGCCGGUGCGACUGCUUGCAACGGCGGUGGUAUCGAAUACGACUCCCCUCCCGAUACUGCCCUUGAGUUCAAGAAGCCCCUUGGAACCGGUACUGAUCUUUGGCCAACUACACCAGCUACCUAUGAUUGGACUAGCGCAUGCACUCAGCUUGACCCCCUUUUGCUUUGGUGGACCACCAAGAGCAACCAGGACGAGUUUGGUCACAUCUCACACACUUUCACCCACGAGGAACAGAACAACGCCACCUACUCGGAUGUCUACAAGGAGAUCUCGUUCAACCAAGCCUGGAUGAAGCAGGUUGGCAUCGAUGCAGCCACGCACUUUACUUCCAACGGUAUCAUUCCCCCUGCCAUCACUGGACUGCACAACGGUGAUGCUCUGCAGGCCUGGUGGGACAACGGAAUCACCAACUGCGUUGGUGACAAUACCCGGUCUGUCCUUUUGAACACACAGAACGCCAUGUGGCCUUACUUUACCACUGUUGACAGUGAUGGGUUUGCUGGCAUGCAGGUCAACGGUCGCUGGGCCACUCGUAUCUACUACAACUGCGACACCCCAGACUGCACACUGCAGGAGUGGAUUGACACUUCUGCUGGCAGCGGCACCUUUGCCGACUUGCUCGCCACCGAAAAGGCCGACACCAUGCGCCAUCUCUUUGGACUGUACCACGACGGGUACAUGUUCCACCAGGCCAACCUGCGCAAUGCAGAUGUUGCGGAUAUCACCAUCAACGGCGUGAGCGGCAAAUACUCUAUUUUCCAAGCGUGGGUGGAAACCCAAGUGCAGGAAUUUGUGCGCCUUGUCGACUGGCCCAUUGUCACUCUCAAGCACCAGGACAUGUCUGCGGCGUUCCUUGCCCGUUAUACUCGUGAUGCAUGCGGCUACGCUCUUAGCUACGCCACCUCGAACCAGAAGAUUACUGGCGUGACUGUGUCUGCGACUGGCAACACCUGCAGCACUCCCAUCCCGGUGACCUUCCCGGUUGCCCCGACCAGCACCCAGGGCUUCACCACCGAGCAGUUGGGCAGCGACCCUCUGACCGUGUGGGUGACGCUGUCUGGCUCGCCAGUCACGUUUACCCUGUCCACUCCGAUUGCCUUGUAA